AAAUUCACUGCACACAAUCUUCAAGUCACCGUGCCAAGCAAAUGGUGAUUCGCGGUAACAGCACAAGAACACUCCAUCACUCACACUCUUUUUCGCUAUUUUCUCCCAAAAAUAAGACAAACAAAACCAAAUCCCUUAUCUCCCAAUGCUGAAACUUUUAGACAUCUCUAAAUUUCUAAGUCGACCAUCUUCUUCCUUCUUAUCUACGCCAAAUUACUUUUCUUUCACAGUUCUACACUCUUCUCUUUUUCAUCGAAGCUUUUCAAAAAUGGCUUCCGCUUCUGCUGCUGCUGAUGAGUUCGUCAAAGGUAACAUUCACCCUAAUGGUGUUGCCGUAAUCACUCUUGAUCGUCCUCGAGCUCUCAACGCCAUGAAUUUAGAUAUGGACACUAAAUACAAAAGCUUUCUGGACCAAUGGGAAGAAGACCCGAGAGUGAAAUGCGUUCUGAUUGAGGGUAGUUUUGCUCGUGCAUUUUGUGCCGGAAUGGAUAUUAAAGGUGUUGUUGCUGAAAUUCAAAAGGACAAAAGCACACCUCUUGUCCAAAAGGUAUUCAGUGCAGAGUAUUCUUUGAUAUGCAAGAUUUCUGAGUACAAAAAACCUUACAUCAGCCUUAUGGAUGGUAUAACUAUGGGUUUUGGUAUUGGCUUAUCUGGCCAUGGGCGUUACCGUAUUGUUACAGAGAGGACUCUUCUAGCUAUGCCCGAAAAUGGUAUUGGUUUGUUCCCUGACGUGGGAUUUUCAUACAUAGCUGCAAACAGUCCUGGUGAAGGAUCUGUAGGCUCUUAUCUUGCUAUGACUGGUAAAAGAAUUUCUAAUCCAGCUGAUGCUCUAUAUGUUGGCCUCGGGACGCAUUAUGUGCCAUCUGAAAACCUUGGUUCAUUAAAGGAUUCUUUAUUGACAUCGACAUUUUCGGAGGAUCCUCACAAGGAUGUUGCUGCAGUAGUGUCGAAAUACAGUUCCCAACCAGAAUCUGAGCCACAGCUGAAGUUACUUUUGCCUCAUAUUGCUUCUACCUUCGGAGCAAACAAAUCGGUCAGUGAGAUAUACACAGAAUUGAGAAAGCAUCAACAGAGUUCUGAUGACAUAGUGGCUGGAUGGGCCAAGGAGGCCCUGGAAGGACUUGGAAAAGGGGCACCAUUCUCGCUUUGCUUAACACAGAAGUACUUCUCAAAAGUGGCAACAGGUUUAAGAAGUAAUGAUGUUGAACUCUCAAAUUUGAGUGGAGUGAUGAAACUGGAGUACAGAAUUGCUUUAAGAUCUUCACUAAGAGAAGACUUUGCUGAAGGCGUCCGUGCUGUCUUGGUCGACAAGGAUCAGAAUCCAAAAUGGAAGCCAUCUAGUGUAGAGGAAGUUGACUUGCAGGAAGUGGAGACCCUUUUUGAGCCAUUGGAGCAUAGCAUUGAAGAAUUGAAAGUUUAAAAAGGAAAGUCAUCUUCAGCCAAUUAGGCUAUUAAUCAUGUGAUUUCAAACUAAUGAUGUAUCACUAAGAAUUCCAACUCAUCUUUACUUUGUAAUUGUACCCCAAUAAUUAGUUCUGGAGAAUGCCACCCCAACACCACUAUUCAACACUGAUGAACACGGUGGAUGCAUAAAACCCAAUAAGAACCAUUUGAAAACGCGGAUAAAAUACAAAAAUUUUUCGAUCUUUUUUUAUCAUCAAUGUAGUUCUCAGUUGUGGGUUAGAAGUUUUUUGGGUCGCAGAAGAGGAUGAUGUUGUUCGCGGUGAAUCGAUAGAAACGAUGUGUUUGUUCUUUUUCAUUUUUAUGUUUGUUUAUUUGUCUCAUCUCACCUCCUAUUCUCUUUGGUCGACUCAACUACUUAGCAGUGCCAUGUCUCUGUAAAUGAUCAUGAAGUCUCGAAAAAACAAAAAACUUUGUUCUUUGAAUAGCACAAAGUUUUAACA